AUGGAAGACGUAAAAGUAAAGGACACCGUCAUGGUGUAUGGCUACAAAGCCACAGUCGAGCACAUUGGGGAGGUGCAAGCGGGAAAGGAUUCCCCCGAAAAAAGAAAAAUCUACGCAGUGAAGUUCAGCAAUAGGGAUGGCUACACAGAUGGUGUGUACAGGGACGCACGGGUGUUCACCCCGGAGGAUGGAGCCCUCGUCGCGUUUUGUCUGCGCGAUUCGAUUAGACCUUUCAGCGAAACAGAAAGCGCAAGCAUAAGGAUUCAGAGGGCCUUCAGGGGCUACCGAGCCAGGAAGGAAUUCCACUCCUUCGUCUCCUCCCUCGUGUGGAGGAAAUUUGAGCACCUCCACGAAAACAUGACCCUCAACAAUCAUGACGAAAUUUACAAGCCCCUCAUCAAAGCGAUAAACGAAGACAUUAAGAGUGGCAAGAUUCAGUUCACCUCCAAAUGCUUUUCCAGCAACUCCAAUCAGUUCUCCCGCAUCUCCACCACGUCCUACGAGUCCACCGCCUACGACGAAAAUGUGCCCAAGCUGAAGGACAAGAUCGACAAGGCCUUCGCCAUGGAGGUCUUCCACUUCUUUUUGACCACCAAGAAUUACGUCCUCCCGAACAACCUGGUGUGCAAGAUCCUCACGAAGACGCAAAAGAUGCUCGAGGAGAACAUCAAGAGCUCCGUAAUCCACGUGGACAUGACGAAGAAGUCGAAGGACACCAAGCUGAUCAUCCUGGGAGACGUGCACGGCCAGCUCAACGACGUCCUUUGGCUGUUUAACCGCUUCGGCUUGCCUUCCUCCAACAACAUCUACAUCUUCAACGGAGACAUCGCCGAUCGGGGAGAAAACGCCACGGAGAUCUUCCUCCUCCUGUUCACCUUCAAGCUGAGCAAUUACGACUGCGUCAUCAUUAACCGGGGGAACCACGAGUGCUCCUACAUGAAUGAGGUCUACGGAUUCUACAACGAAGUGCUCUCCAAGUACGACAGUGCCGUCUUCGAUCUGUUCCAAGGGGUCUUCGAGCUGCUUGGCUUGGCCGUAAACAUCCAGAACCAAAUCUUCGUGGUGCACGGCGGGCUGAGCAGGUACCAGGACCUAACCAUGCGGGAAAUAGACGAGCUGGACAGGAAGAAGCACGAGAUAUUGCACCCCGAGAAAUACGAAGACACCAUCAUCUUCGAUUUGCUCUGGUCCGACCCCCAAAAGAAAAACGGCAUAGGGGGAAACGCGCGAGGGAACAACUGCAUCACGUUUGGUCCAGACAUAACAGACCUAUUUUUGAAGAAAAAUAAUUUUGACAUUUUAAUUCGAUCCCACCAAGUGCCCAAAACGUUGAAGGGCAUUGAGAGUCACCACGAGGGCAAGUGCAUUACCUUGUUUUCCGCCUCCAACUAUUGCAACAAAAUUAAAAAUCUCGGGGCAGCCAUCGUGUUCAACCAGGACCUCACCUUCGAGGUCCAGGAGUACAUGUCGCCCUCCCUCGACGUCAUCCGAGAGACCUUCGAGGAGAACCAAAAGCUCCGCGAGAAGGUCCUCCACUCCUCCAAGAUACUCGACCUGGAGAAAAACGUGCAGCGGACCUGCGACAAGAUCUCCGCGGAGGGCCAAAUGAACGACAUCCUGAACUGCCUGAGCACGCUGAUCUGUCACGAAAAGAACUCCCUGUGGAGUAGCCUCUACCAGCAGGACAGGGACAACACGGGCACGGUGCACAUAAACGUGUGGAGGGAGGAGCUGGAGAAGCUGAGCAAGACGAAGAAGGUGCCGUGGAUCUACCUCUGCAAGAAGCUCAAAAUGAUCGAAGGCAACCAGGUGCACUACAACAGCAUACUUAACAGAUUCAAAAUUAACUACGAGCCCAGCCAGAACUUCAUCAACACGGAGUGGAAGAGUGAGUGCUUCGAGCACCUGUAUGAGGCGUUGCUCAAGGCAGAUUUGAGUUUGCGCGAGACCCUCAUGGUGUUCGACAAGAACUUGGAUGGCAAGGUUUCCUUUGCGGAGUUCGAGCAGGUGCUGAAGGACCUCAACAUAGACCUCUCCAACGAGCAGAUCCGCAUCCUAGUGAGACUCAUCAACAGCAACUCGCUGUGCAACCAGGACAGCUCCCAAGAGAGCGACAAGAUUGACGUCGCCGAGUUCAUUGGGAAGAUGCGUGUCUGCUACAGACUAGCCAUAAACAAGGAAUACACAAAUAAUGAAAAAAUUAGGAAGCUCAUCGAGACCAUCGGCAAGCAUAUCCUGGCGGACAGUGCGGACACGGCUAACUUCCACUACAGGUUUUACGAGGAGAAUAACGAGAGCGCCGGAUCUGAGCGCAGGAAGAGGUCCAGCGUCAUCAAGUCGGUGGCCCUCUUUCAGAAGUUUAAAAAUUACGACAACUUCGGGAACGGCUACCUCGACUACGACGACUUCGUGCGGGCGAUCAAAAAUUUCGACAUGAACAAGAUCAGCAAGGAGGUGGAGUUCGACGUGGACGACGAGAUUUUGAUGGAGCUAGCCAAAUCCAUAGACAUAACCAAGUCGUCCAAGAUCAACUUCCUGGAGUUCCUGCAGGCCUUUUACGUGGUGAACAAGAGCAAGUACUCCUACGUGGACGAGAUAUGGUGCCACAUAUGCACCGUGAUUUACGAGAACAAAGUGGCCCUGAAGAAGUGCAUGAAGUACCUGGAGGACACCAUGCAGGGGAAGAUCACGAGCAUCCACUUUCGCUACAUUCUGCUGGAGCUCAACAAAAUCCUGCAGGAGCACAAGCAUGAGAAGAAAAAGCCCCUCACGGACGAGCAGAUCGACCUGCUGUCCUACACCGUGGAGACGGACGACAAGGUGGACUACGUCGAUUUUUUAAACUCCUUCAAACCAGUGUACUACAUAUGACGCGGAGGGGGGGGCACUUCCUCUGCUGCGUAGCUGCGCAGGAGGGAAGGACAAGAGAUUUUAAUUCCCACCUGUG